UAAUGUUUUUCUUGCCGGGAGAGCAGCUGUAAACAACAUAGUCGAAUUUGGCUCCGUUGAUGUUGGCAGCAGUGGAUUUGUUUAUGAAAAGGAACAGCGCAAACCGUAUUGUUUGUAUUUUGCAGUUGCCAGUAAGAAGACUGGAAUUAUUAAAUGGAUUCGUGUCGUUGGCUUUUGAACUUAUGGACUUGCUAAUCAACUGAAAAAUUUUGUGCGUAGAAGGUCUGAUUGAAUUGAUUUUUAAUUUUGUGCUUCGUCUGGAAUGAGUGAACAAUGAUUAGCUGGUAUAGACUUUCCUUUCGGAAAGUUGCUUAUUCAAUUCUUAGCCUCUACUUAGUUGUGACAUGCUAUACUGGUUUUCACCUUCUGACACGGAGACUACAAAUUCGGGCUCAGGACAAGGAAUUACUUGAACGGAUAAAAUCAUUAUCACUGUCAGAAAUGGCGGACGACCCGGAGUGGAACCCGUGGGGGGAGGAGUUCGAAUCCGAGCAAGGCCCUCGGCUACACCACGCCCCGCCGCCCCUGUGGUCCGUGGAGAGACCGGUAGCCAAACGGAGCCCGCUAGACAGCAAGGACGCCAACACCAGCAGUCAGGAGCUGGUGGUGGAGAUCUGGGGGAAGGCUGCCAUUGGUUCCGCACUGGACCAGGUGUAGUGCCCAGCAAGGUCCCGCGGUUCGCAGAGAAUGUUGUUCUGGUGCUCAACGGCCGCUCCCCGGCCCAGGUGGAAGCGAGUCGGCCCUGGCUGGACCUCCUGCCCUCGCUCCCGAUGCUGCGUAACGCCGCCGUCCUGAUGCUGGGCAACGAGCGCUGUGACAACUCAUGGCUUUUGCAGUACAUGAGUCACCAGGGUGGCAGGGUCAAGGUCGCUUUUUUGGUGUACGACAGUCCUCUCGUGGACAACGAGCACUUUUUCCAGUGGCCGCUAGGGGUCGCCACGUACCGUCAGUUCCCCCUGAUUGACAGCUCGGACCUGCCUCUUUACCAGAAGAGACACUACAUGUACAACUUUAUGGGCACAGUGCACCCCAACUCCACAAGGCAAGAUCUCAUGAAGGCCCUCAACACGAGCUCGUUCAGAAACAAGGGAUACGUCAAGCCUCGAAUGGAGUGGAUGCCACAGGAAACAGAAGACACAAGAAAUGCAUUCACAGAAGCCCUGGCACAGAGUGAUCUGACCCUGAAUCCUGUAGGUUUCAACACGGAAUGCUACCGCAUCUACGAGGCCUUGUCUUUUGGUUCCGUGCCUGUGAUAGAAGAUGUGAUGACCCCUGGCUACUGUGGCAACGGUCCCGGCAUGAACAACUCACUCAGACAUAGUAUAUCAAGGCCAGACGGCAGUCUAGACAAGAGGAAUUUGACAGCAUACAAGCAUUAUAGUCCUCCUUUGCGGUUACUGAAAGAAUUUGGUGCUCCAGUUAUAUACAUUAAAAACUGGCUGACAGAUUUAGAACCAUUAUUGAAGAAGGAAGCAGAAAUGAGUGAUUAUGAUAGAUCAAAAAGGAGAGCGAAUGCUGUCAAAUGGUACAAUAAAUUCAAAGUAGCUAUGAGAGAUCGUUUUCAUGAAGUCCUUCUUAAAAAGUUUUUUAAUAUACAGCGUCGGUAGCAUUAAAUGUUCCUUAGUGAACAUGUUUCGUUAUCAUAAUAUAGAUGCUUCCUUUCCAUCUGAUUGUUGAAGUUCUCAUGGAACACCAGUUUUUGCCGCUGAUUUUCCCAAAGAUAUUUGCAAACUGUUGAACAGGAUUUCUAUGUACUGGUACGUUUCGUGUUCAUAAUAAUAUGUUGUUGACCAUGAGAAUGAUACUGAGAAUGUUCUGUCUUAUACCGCCGUUCAUUGUCUUGGAAGUCUGUCUUGAAGAAAUUAUAUGUAUGAAGUCACUUGUUUUCAUAUACAGUGGAGUCCACUUAAACCGAAACCUGCAUGAAGGCUGGAUUUUUUUCAGUUUAGAGAGAUUGCUCAGAUAGAAGAAAAGAAAUGGGGGAAUUUUCUUUCAGUUUACUGCUGUUUUCGGAUUCACCGUGUUCAGUUAAAGUGGACUUCACUGUACUAUAAGUAGUUGUUUUUUUUACAUUUACAGGAGAAGACGUUGUCUUCCGUUCUCAUCAAAUGUUUACUGUUUUUACACAGAAUCACAAUCACGGUACUCGAAGAACUGUUUUAUAUUUUAAAAAUAUUUUUAACAUUUACUUGUGCUUGUUUUAAGAGUUGCAGUGUAGAGUUUUGUAUUUUUCUCUUUGUGAGGUGAGUGUGAUCAACUGUUGCUGAUUGUGUUGAUAUUUUCCCAUCCCUGUCGACAUAAUUUAGAUGUAUUUGGAGGUAAGCUGCCUCACCCCUGUCUCUCAGGGCCAAUGUGUUGUAGAUGCAGACACCUGAUAAUAACAUAUCGUCCACUCACAGAAAUAAAACUCGCGUUUUUGGGGUUUAAAAAAAAAAUGAAAAGAAAACCUUACUAUAACACCACAGGGGCUGAUAUCAUGAUGUGAUGCGCACCCUAGGCUUUUGCACUAGUUUUAAGAACUUUUGUGUUAUUUGUGAUGAGAGCAAAGUCCGUAUAUAGAGCUAACAUUUGCUUUAAAAAACAGUAUAAGUGCAAUGGAAAUAGGACAUGAGUUUCCUCCAGCUGCUGAAAGACUCCUUUGAAAGGAUGAGUGCUUUUCUUUUACUGGUGUGGCUCUACUUUUUGCAUAAAAGGAUAGCACCUUACUUUUAUAUUAUAAGGAUUCUGUGCUGACUUAAUAAAAUUGAGUGUCAUUUCAUUUAUUAAGGCAGCUCAGAACAGUCAAGCAUUAAUUGUAUAAAUGAGAUAGAUGAACUGAUUGGUAUGUCCAAAUGAGAUCAAAGUAUAUUUAGUUGGGUUUUUUUUCACUUUUCCUCUGUCCCAAAGUUGUAUUUUUUCAGAUUUUUUUUGGAUUUUUUUUACUUGGAUCGUUUUGUGUGGAACAAAAACACAGCAGUAUAAGUAAUGGAGAAACUAUUGUCUUUUCUAUGUUUAAAAAUUUUCCCUUGGUGCAGAGUACAAUUCCGGUAUGUUACCCUCCGGGAGAUCCAAGCUUUUAAUUUAUUUGAGUAACGCUUUCAUUUUUGUGUUCAGUACCCUGGUGAAGCAAGUAGAUUAUUUGACAGGCCGGCUCUAUGCUGUAUGCUUGUGGUAUGGUCUUUUGUGUGUCAGACCAGACCCCAGUGGAGGAAUGGACCAGAACUGAGCUCGACUGAGGACAUGAUGUGUAAAAAGAAAAUGUCCCACUUCUACUUCAGACAUAUGGGUCUGGGAGAGUGGGGGGUGGUGGUGGGGGGUGUCGGUCCUUACCAGUUCGGAGUUAUGCUCCCUGUUGGUGGUACAUUGUGCUGUCAAUAGUCUCCGACCUGCCGUGUACUUCGUUGGUUCAAGUCACCAUAUGUGGGUGUGUGCCUUAAGAAGGGUCCCAGUUGUCGGAAAUUUUGGAUUUUGGAAUAAGGGCAUAUUUUUGUAGAGAACUCAAAGCUGAACACGCUCAUUUUUUAAAUUUCCAAGUAUCUUGAAUAGUUUUAGAGAUAUGAUACGUUUUGUUACUCAGUGUGUUUUAAAAACAAAGUUUGGAGAAAGACAGGUUUAAGCUUCAUAUGUUGACCCAAUUUCUAGCACAUUUUUAUCUUUUGAGUUCAACAGGUUGAACAAAUAAUUAAUAAAAAAUAUUGAGACUGAAAAUAUUAUAAAAUCCUUUCAAUAACGUUAUUAACAAAUGAUUAAGCGUGUAUCUUCUGAUGGAACUCAAUAUUUGACCGGGUACAACUUUUUUUGCCUUUUCACCCCGUUGCUCAAAAAUAAUUUGCAGACAACUGGUCCCUUUCUCUACGCACACACACAUAUGCAGAGGUAAAAUGCUAAAAAUGAAAGUGGCAGUGAGGUGUUGUUUUUAAUUUAAGUUCGAAAUACAUUUAUUCUAUGAAUAUGUUGUUAGGGGGAAUCUACUGUUGCUGUCUUUUUUAUCCUGAUGGUUUCAUGUUGUACUCUACCUGCUAGAUAAUGACAUUUUUAUUUAGUUCUAUGUGUUAUAAAUUGCAUAUAUUAUUAUUCUUUUUAAUGUGUUAUUUUUGUUCUGUAUAGGUCCACUACCUCGGGGUGGCUUGUAUGUGCCCCUCACUUUGUAGAAAUAGCAGCCUGGGUUAGUUUAUGAUCUGGCAUUUUUAAUUCUCUCUUGCCACAUCGUUUCGACUGAGCCUGCAUGUGUGUUCAUGAAUGUCGGGUAAUUGAAGUUAGUUUGACUUUGCUUAAAAGAUUGAGACAGAUAGGCAUUCUGGAUUUAAUGAACAUCUAGUCAGUAUCAGCCGUAAUAUAGCUGCAAUAUUUUUAGCCCAUGUUAUGUUGGGUUUGUAUUAUCAAAAUACUCACCUUUAAAAUAUUGUUCAAAGUUUCUUUCAUUAAGUUGAGUUGUCAUACCGGUACAUAAUAUUCCACCUCUUUUGUCACCCUGUGCAAGUGAUGUCAUUUUUUAAGUCAGUUUUUAUUACCACAGAAUGCUUCAUCGAUUUCUAUUUGUCAAUAUAGCUAAUGCAAUCAUUUAAUUUUAUUGCCAUUCAAACUGCUUUUGUUUAGGAAGGUUCUGUAAGAGAAUACAGUAGUUGUGCAGGGAGCUCCAUACAGCAGUGUCCUGUCACUCAUUGUUGAUGUGUGGAUGUAAGUCAUUAGGAUUUCUUCACUGCUGACGGAAUAGCAACUCCAACAGAUUUCCUUUGAGGUGCGCACUAACAUUCAGUUCAUUUUCGUUGUAGCCCUGCUCAAAUGUUAUAUGUAACAGGCUUAUCAUUAUUGGUUUUUAGUCACAUUUUUAAAAGGCACGAUAGUAUGGAAAAAGACUUUUUUGAAAGAAAAGUUUCUGGAAAUCAUAACAGAUGACAUGUAGAAAAAAGAUGGAGUCAACACAUUUCUGAUUUAGUUGAUGGAAUUAUCAUCGAGGUUAGAUUCAUGAGAGUUGAAAGAACUGCAUUCAAAUGGGCUGUUAGGAAGGCUGUGCUCUGAAAGAAUUGGCUAUCCAGAAGAAGAAGAAGAAGAAGAA